CAGAGAAAUGCACAAAGAAAAAAAGGCAUUUACCCAGGAGGACAGUGCUGACUUGAAGUGCCAGCUGCAAUUUGCCAAAGAGGAAGCAGCGCUGAUGCGUAAGAAGAUGGCCAAACUGGGGAGAGAAAAGGAUGAACUGGAACAGGAACUCCAGAAAUAUAAGUCCAUCUAUGGUGAUGUGGACAGUCCCCUCCCAACUGGGGAGGCUGGGGGCCCGCCUAGCACCAGGGAGGCUGAGCUGAAGCUUCGCUUGAAACUGGUGGAAGAAGAAGCCAACAUACUGGGCAGAAAAAUAGUGGAACUGGAGGUGGAGAACAGGGGCAUUAAAGCUGAGAUGGAGGACAUGAGGUGCCAGUAUGAAAAGGAGUGUCUUAGCCGGGACCACAUUUCAAGCAUUCCUACCUCGCCGUACGGCGACUCUGUGGAGUCGGCCACAGAGCUGCGCCGUCACUUGCAGUUUGUGGAAGAAGAGGCAGAACUGUUGAGGCGGUCGAUCUCGGAAAUUGAGGAUCAUAAUAAACAGCUAACGAACGAGCUGAGCAAAUUCAAGUUUGAGCCAGGUCAGGAGCCCGGCUGGCUGGAUGACACAGCUUCAAAGUGUGGCGGGCCCCUGCAAGAAGAGCUGAAAUCAGCCAGGUUGCAAAUCAAUGAGCUGAGUGGGAAGGUGAUGAAACUCCAGUAUGAGAACAGGGUCUUGAUGUCCAACGUGCAGCGUUACGACCUUGCCUCUCACCUGGGCCUGCGCACUUCCAGCCCCAGAGACAGCGAUGCUGACAGCGAUGCUGGGAAGAAAGAAAGCGACAGCGAAGAGGGUCGCCCUCCUCAGCCGAAGAGAGAGGGACCGAUCGGGGGCGAAAGUGACUCAGAAGAAGUUUAUGAGAAGACGUCGGGUUUCGGGAGUGGAAAACCGUCCGAAGUCAGUGACCUGUGCUCCACCGAGCUCUUGAGAGUGAAAGAGGACACGGAGUCUUUAGUUAAUAUCAAACGCGAGGCAGAGCGGCUUGAAAGGACCGUGGACCGCCUUAUCACUGAUACAGACAGUUUGAUUUAUGAUGCAAAGGUGCAUAUAACUGGCAGCCCAUCCACAGAGCAGGAUUUCAAAAGCAAUGAGGAAAGAGGAGAAGAUAAACAUGAACCGGAGCUCCUGGACACCAUCAACUCCAGGAUGAAAGCUUUCCGCAAGGAGCUGCAGGCCUUCCUGGAGAAGGUUGAUCACGUUGGGGAGGGCCUUAAGGAGCAGAUGGAGGACCUCUCUCCUCUUCCCCAUCUCACAGAGUCUUCCAGUUUUCUAUCCACAAUGACGUCCAUGUCUCGAGACUCUCCCAUUGGUAAUCUGGGAAAGGAGUUAAUCACAGACUUCCAGUCCAAACUGAGGGAUCAGAUGGAGUGGCAGCUCAAACGAGAUCGUGGAGAGGAGCAAGAGAUUCACCACCAGCGAGCCACCACCGACCCACACCGCAGAGCUGAUGGAGACAUUAAACUCUACAGGCCAGGAGACAAGGGCUGUUUCAGUCUAGAGAGUGUAUCGAUACAGGAGCUUCAGGCUCAACUUGAGCUGGAGACGAGACUUCACCGAGAGGAGCAAGAAAAGUUUACAGAAAAGAUCGUCCAGCUGGAGGAGGAGCAUAUGCAGACCCUACGAAGGAAAGAUUUGGAAGUGCAGAGCUUGACGUUGCAGAACAAACUGGAAGAGAAGGCCUGGAGCCAGGAGAAAAGCCUGCUGCAGCAAGAGCUCAGGCAUUUCAAGCAGGACACCUUCCUCCUGUAUAUCAAGCUGAAGUGGCUGCUGAAACACUGGCGGCAAGGCAAGCGAAUGGAGGAGGAAGGGGAGGACAUGUUAGAGAUUGAGCAUCUUGAGGCCCUUCCCGAAUUUGGCCUUCCGUCUGAGCAAAAGGUGGAGGAUGCAGAGCAAGAAGAGGAGGAAGAGGAUGUUGUUUUUGCACUGACAGAUUAUUCUCAGCGUCCCACCGCGGAGAGCACUGAUCACAGACCACAGCUGCAGACUGCAGAAUUACUGCAGCAGCAGAAGCAGGCAAGUGAAAAUCGGAAACUCUUAAAUGCUCUGAAGGGCUUGCUGGAUGACUUCCGCUCGGAGCUGCGGGACGACGAGCGGGAGCGUCAUGGGCUCCAGCAGCAGUACGCGCUGGACAAGGCGGCAUGGGAGGUGGAAAUGACUGAACUGAAGUGCCACCUAGAGCAGCUGGAAGGGAAGAAUGAGAAUGCCUCAGGAGAAACAGGCCUCACCUCUGAUGCAAUUCUGGCUGAGAGUCAUAGCGUAGUGAUGGAUCUCCGCUGGCAAAUCCAGCACAACGAGAAGAACUGGAAUCGGGAAAAGGUGGAGCUCCUGGACAGGCUCGAUAGAGACCGGCGAGAAUGGGAGCGUCAAAAGAAGGAGCUGCUCAGACGGAUUGAGCAGCUUCAGAAAGAAGUGAGCCCACGAAGAGGAGGCAGUUUUCUUUGCGACCAGAAGGAGAGUAACCUUCGUCCGUUUGCAACCCAGGGGAACCUUCACUUGCCUCGUCCGAUGGGGGCAAGAUCCUACUCUGAUUCAGAUGCCAUCCAGUUUGAUGAUCGGUCACUGUCAAAGCUGAAGGAGAGCGAUAGGUGCACUGCCACAGAAAACCUCUUUCUGGAGUCGCUGUCUCUGGAUUCCCCUGACGAGUGUGAGGAGCACCAGGCGCGUCAAGUGGAGCGGGAGAAAUUCUUGACAGACUUAACGGAAGAAGAAGAAACACACAAAGGAAAUCUUCAAAGGGCGAUGUCUGUUUCCUCCAUGUCAGAAUUCCAGCGCUUGAUGGAUAUUUCUCCAUUUCUCCCAGAAAAAAACUUGCCUUCACCUAGCAGAAAAGACGAUAUAACCCCUCCCUUGUCUCCUGAUGAUUUGAAAUACAUCGAGGAGUUCAAUAAAAAUUGGGAUUACAGUAACACGAGGAACCAGGGUGGGGCUGCCGAGAAGCCUGCAGAAGCCUGGGCAGAAAGGACAGAGAUUGGGAAAGCUGGGAAUGACCCUGCUUCAGAUCCCUUCCAGGCAUCAUCAUGGUACCUCACCACCAGUGUCACUAUGACAACUAAUACCAUGACCAGCCCAGAGCACUGCCAGAAGCAGCCAACGAGGAGUCAUGGUGUAACCGAAAAAAUGGGGGUUCGGGUCUUUCACAGCCCACCAGUUGUCCGUAGGUUUGAUAAUUCAGUGAUAGCUGGCAGCGAAGGGAAAAACCAGGUUGAGCCAGACUUCCUGUAUUCUAUGACCAAAGCUAUGGGGAAUGUUGGUGAGACAAAAGGUGCUUCCUCGGAUAUGUUUGGAAGAUGGUCUUGUGACCUGGCUAAACAUCAUAAGGAUUUUCUGGAGAGUGGUCUUCAUCCCAUUGAACGCCCUAUUUGCACUACUGUGGGCUUUGCCUCACCCUUGCACAGCUUGGAGAUGUCCAAAAACAUGAGUGACGAUAUGAAGGAGGUCGCUUUCUCUGUCCGAAAUGCAAUACGCUCUAACUCUAACUCAACAGAGCCUCAGUUUAAGGACACAGCUUGUCAAACCAAUGGGAUGAGGACGACAGGGACGCAGACCACCCAGACGAUCAGUGUUGGCUUGCAGACAGAAACCCUGCGCAGUAUCACCAGCAGUCCACACAAGUGUCUGACACCAAAGGGGGGAUCCACUCCUGUCUCUUCACCAUCCAGAAGCCUAAGAAGCAGGCAAGUGACCCCUGUUAUUGAAAAGGUCCAGGCUAAGUUUGAACGCACAUGCUGCUCCCCCAAAUACGGCUCUCCAAAGUUGCAAAGGAAAAUCCUUCCCAAAUCAGACCAGCCAAAUAACCGAACUUUGCCUGGUACACCUCAAAAAGGAUUCAGUGAGUCCGCUUGGGCUAGAUCAACUACUACAAGGGAGAGUCCAGUCCAUACCACCAUCAAUGAUGGCCUCUCCAGUUUGUUCAACAUUAUUGACCAUAGCCCCAUCUUUCAUGAGACCUUCCAAAAAUGCCCCAGGUCUAGCAGCCGAUCCAGGUCAGCAGAACCCAGACCAGAACUGGGCCCAGUGCAGGAGCCGUGUACAAAUGCCCGUGGCAGAUCACCCAGUCCUCUCCGUUUGGGGGCAGAGACGCAAAAGGAAGAAGGGAUUGAGGUGACAAGUAUCAGGCAGGACUUAUCUGCUCCUCCAGGGUAUACACUUGCAGAAAAUGCUGCCAGGAUCUUGAAUAAGAAACUUUUGGAGCAUGCCUUAAAGGAAGAGAGAAGGCUACCUUCACACAGCCCACCAAACCUUAGCAAUGACAACAGCACAGCAGAUAUUGUCAAAGUAGAACCAGGGUCCAUAGAGGAACUACCUUGUUCUGCACUCGCUCCGUCCCUCGAACCCUGCUUCUCCCGGCCGGAGAGACCAGCGAACCGGCGCCCGCCGUCCCGAUGGGCUUCACAUUCCCCCACGGCCUCCCAGGCACAGUCUACCGGAGAUCUGACUUCCCCCGAGGAGCGCAGAAGCAACGACCCACCGGCGGAGACCUCGGCUGGUGCCGCAGGCCCGCCAGACACGUCCCAGGAAUGAGCCGCUGCCGCUUGCGGUCUCUGUCGGAGAGGGGGGAUCGAGCGGUGGAGGUCACCGAAUGUCCUCAAACGCAGCUGCUGAAUGUCCACCCUGUGAAACAGAGACGUUUCUAGAAUGAAACAGUUAAUGUGCCUGUAAUAACUUAAUUUUUUUCAUAGCCGAGAAAACUAUUUUUGUCUCCAUCUUUUCUACAUACAGUAUAUUAACAAAAAAAAGGUAAAAAAUGAUAUACAGAUAAAGUAAGAUUUAAAAUAAAAUGUAAAUUAAGUUUUAAGGGAAUUUGAAUAUGUGCUCGCGCUCUCUCCAAAUACCGACUGCCUUUUGGUUAUAUUUGCACUGUUAUGUUUUCGAUUUUGAUUUGGGGGUUUUUUUAGGUUUUUUUUUUUUUCAUGUAAAACUAGGGUCUUAAGUUAAUUUUAUUCUAUUUUAAUGUCAGUAUUAUGAGUUUUUAAAGGUAAGGUUCUUAAAGAUGCUUCGACUGUCGGAAGCAGUACCUUUUAAGUAGUGAAGAAAGCCAUUAAGCUAGUUCACUAGAAUUCUAUUAAUUAAGGUGGAGGGGAAUACAGGUAAACUCAAGAAAAAAAAUGUAAAAAAAGAAUGCCUCAGAAAGUCUUAUGGAGUUAGCUGUAAAAUACACAUACAAUACUUGACUUGCAUGCCUCUGGGUCCUAGCACUUUAGUGCAUGUAUAUACUGCUACUGUACUUCUACCAUCACAUAAAUGUGAGUCAAUCUGUUUCACUGUAAUAUUGUUGUGAAUUUACCUGUACUGUACUUUUAUUGUUGGUAUUCUUGCAUUGACUAUACAAAAAAGAGUUUUUAAAUUAUUGUUAACUGUUCAACUGGCUAUGUACAGUGUUUACUGAGAACUUCCUUUGUUUUGAGAAAAAAUGUUGCGAUCUCUGGGCGUACUAAAUUGUAACUGGUCUUGUUUAAGAGUCUGUUGGAGACCACGUGAAGUGGAAAUAAAACCCUCAGUAUUUACAAAA